UAUAUCCCAAAAUGUGUAUUCGCCUACAAUUGAAACAAGUUAAUCUGGAUUUUAACGGCCGACAAAUUUGCAUUUAGACGAAAAUACAGUAAACGCAACGGGAAUUAGCAAGAACUGCAAUACUCGGCAAUACAUAUAUAUACACACACAAGCGCAUAUGUUAAUCGUUUAGCUUGUGCAAUUUAUUCCCGAUUUUAUGGAAAUGAACAUGCUCUGUUUUUGGAAAAAGAAUUCCGAUUAUAAAAGCGCUACCAAAUUUAGCAAACAGUAUCAGAAACAAACAGGUGCUCUAGUUCAAUUUAUAUCACUGCCCAAACAAACCACAGCAAACAUGUUCAAAUACGUUCUACUCUUCGCCUGCAUCGCAUACGCCGCAGCCUCUGGUGCUGAUGAUGACGCGCAUGCUGAAGUAACCCUACAAAAGUUGGAAGUCUUUACUGAUGGUUUCAACAGCGCGCUGGAAACAACCAACCACAUUCAUGUUCUCCAGGCUGGUGAUGCCGCUGGCAACAUCAAGGGUGACUACUCAUACGUGUCGCCCGAAGGUGAAAACAUCGCUGUGAGCUAUGUUGCCGACGAGAGUGGCUACCAUCCACAGAGUGAGCUCCUGCCCACCGCACCACCAACUCCAGCUGCCAUUCUCAAGGCGCUCGAAUACAUUGCCGCCCAUCCCUCAAAGGAAAGCAAGAACUAAACGUGAGUUCUCGAGUAAUUAUGGCUGACUUUGUAACGCAAAGAUUUUGGUAUGACGACAUUGAUUUUGAAUUGGAUCUUGAAUUUAUGUUGCUGAUGACUUGGACGCCAAUAUGAAUAUGUGUGUAUUCGUAUAUUUAUUAUUACCUUGGAGCUCGCAGGAGUUCCUUUCGCGGCGAUGCUCGUUUGACUUUUCAGUUUCUUGUUUUUAAUUUUUAAUUUUUCCA